AUGGAUGUUAUGUGCGAAGGACCUUUGUGUGUGGACGAACUUUCAUUGAAGCAUGUCCGUGUUCUUGGCCGAGGAACCUACGGUUCUGUCUCUCUAGAGGAGCAUCCCAUCAACGGAUUUUAUGCGAAGAAGACAUCUUCAAUGCAUGUCAAGGAGAAUCUCGAGAAGGAGCUCAGGAUCAUGCAUCGUUUCCGUAAUCAUCCUCGCAUCGUUCAAGCCUCAAGUGAUAGCAUUCACUUAGAUUUAAGUAUGAUCUUCGAUGAGUGCCAUAUCUAUAUGGAGUAUGCCUCCGAAGGUACUCUACUCGAGAAAAUCUCUGCUUUGCAAGGAAAACCAUUGCCUGAGAAUGUGAUUGGACGCUCCACUCGUAUGAUCCUACAAGGACUCGAAGCGCUUCACUCACGCGGCUACGUUCACUGCGACCUCAAGCCAGCCAACGUUCUCCUCUUCCCUUCCACUACUUUAGGAGAUCCGUGGGAUGUCAAACUUGCUGAUUUCGGAUUAUCCAAGGAGCCUAAUACGGAUCCUAGGUCGAUGUUCGCUGGUACGAAAAAGUACAUGUCCCCGGAAUCUGUUGGACCGGACGGAUUGAUUGGACCGGCCCUUGAUAUAUGGUCUCUAGGGUGCAUGGUUUAUGAGAUGUUUGGAGGUAAGGCAAUAGAGAUGGGAGAUUCGUACGAGUGGAGGCUGGACCAAGAUAUCUCUCCAGUGACCAAAGACUUCUUGAGGUUGUGCCAUACUAUGCAUCCAUUAAGUAGGGCUUCCGCGACCGAGCUUUUGAAUCAUCCUUUUAUUACACAGAGAAACUCCAUUCCACGGCCAAUCCCGACUCGUUCUCCUAUAAGACAACAGGACUUGACGUUUGCUUUAAUGUUUACACGAAGGAUAUGUGGUCCAUUGCCAACUCCGAUUGGUCCUACUAGAAGACAACAAGAAGCUACGGAGAUGGUUCCAAGAUAUAAACUGUGGGGGUGA